AAUUCAAAUGGAAAUUUCAAAACAAGUAGAAACAAUGCAGGGCAAUUCAGGAACUUUUUUAUGAUAAUAUCGACAUCUAAUUACUGAUAAUCAUUAAUAGUGCUCUAUCUUAUGUUCAAAGUUCAAGAUUAUGUGCUCACAUUUUUCAAAAUGUUAACUUAUUAUGUCAAACUCGUAACAAUUUAGCCUGUUUUAAAAUGAAAAUUCAAUGUUUGUGUGAUUCAGUUUGUUACAAAAAGUUUUAACUUAUAUAGAAAAUGUAUAUUGGUGAAUGUGAAGAAGAUGUUCGUUUGGACGUAGUAAAAUCAUUAAAAAGUUUUGGUUUGAAAUACAGAUUGAAGAACUUGGACAAAUCUUCAUCAAUGGAUGAUUGUACUUCAGACAAUCGCUUAUUCGGUGUUCCAUUGACGUACCUGAGGAAAGAUUUUGUGCACCUACCACAGGUCAAAGACACAAUAUGUAUUCCCGAGUUCAUCGUUGAAAUCUGCAACUACAUAGAGGAGAAGAUUACCGUGGAAGGAUUAUUUCGAAAGGCUGGAUCUACUGCCCGACAAAAGGAAAUUCGGGCACUGCUAGAUAGUGGAGAAGGAAUUGAUCUCACUGCUCACCAUGUUAUCGACAUAGCAAAUAUUCUCAAGGUGUUUUUGAGGGAACUACCAGAACCAUUGAUACCCUACAAGUACCACGAUACAUUUUUAAGAUGUUUGGGAUUACAGGACAGAAAAGAAGAGGCUGUGAUUUUGAGUUGUCUUCUACUUCCUCAAGAACACCUCAACACAUUAGCGUUUCUAAUGAUGUUUUUGAACAAGGUUUCUGCUCAUUCUGAGUUGAACAAGAUGGGCGUGAGCAAUUUGGCCAUUAUUCUUGCUCCCAGUGUAAUGCCCGUUCUAACUCCAAAACUAACUCCUGAGGGAAGUCAAAUCAUCAAUCAACACGUCCAAAUUGUUCAGAUUCUGAUUCGAAAUUCGGGACUGAUUGGAGUGGUUCCAGAGCAUAUUUUGUCAGGCGAGUUGAGUUUUUCAAGUGCAUCCUUCCAAGAAUCUUUCUCGAAUAAAAAUACAGCAAAAAAGAAGAAAAGGAGUGGCUCUCUAACCAGAAUGUUCAUUGGAUUGCGCAAAAUUGUGAGCAGAGGCUCUCCCGGCGCAGAGGAAGCUCGCACUCCAGACUUUGACAAACACACGCCGUGCAUCAUGUCUGGCAAGAAGAGAAAAGUCAAUGAACCAAUCAUCGCUCCAAUGUCCGCUAAGAAAAAGAAGGAAGUGCUUAUGAAUCUACCUCAGGGCUCUCUGCUGCCAGAAACACCAUUCAAGUCAUCAAGAAAUCAUAAAAAUGAAAACUUGUCGCCAAGAAUAUUAGUUGCUGGACAGAAGCCAGGCAAAAGUAAAUCACCAACCUUCAAGACAAAAAGAAGAUUCUUUUUCAGGCGCAAUUCCGAAGGGGAAAUUCGAGAUAAGCAGUCAAAAUCUCUUUCUUCAAGUGCGUUGAAAAUAUCCCGUCUGAGUCUUCUAGGAAAAAGCGGGCGGAAGAAAAAGGUAACCCAAUCAUUUCAGAUUAAUUUUCAUGUUCAUAACCUUUUUUCAAAUCCAAGAACAGAAACGCUUAUCGUCCGCCCAUGGUGUACAAAAUAUUACAAUAAAACGUUGAAAGAAUCCGAAAAAUUGAAUAGUGUCUCCACUGAGGAAUUAGCGAAUCUUCUAAGUCAAGAAUUGAAAAUACGGCGUAGCUCUUCAAAUAAAAUAAUGCGCUCGCCUAGUGCACGAAAAAUAGGAUCAAUCCGAAGGAGGUCAAGAGAUAGUGCGUCAUUGAACAAUGUGAACAGCAGUGAUAAAAUGGGGGUUCAGCCAUUCUACGCGGGCAGGAGUCUCAGAAGAGGAAAGCCCAACACUGUUCUGAGUGGACUUCCUCAUCCGAGCUCUUUGGUGCCGUCAACGCAUUGCACCAGCUUUGAAUCGAAGCCCGGCGACCACUUUGGUGUCAUGACUCGCAGUCAAGCCCGGAGAGCUUCUUCGUUUCAUGGACAUUCGAUCAACAUGCCUCCAGCAAACAAUGUCAAUGUUGUUGCCAACAUGCCAAACAACAACUCAGCUUGGCGGUGUGCUACGGGAUAUUUCAACAACAAUGAGGAGCAGGUCGAGAGUGAAGGCAUGCAUGAAGAUGAAGCUAACGAUAAUAGACGGGCUUCGAUAGCAAAGCUGCGAUAUCAGAAUGCGGGAAUGGUUCUGGCCAAAGCCAAACUGUUCAACAACAUGAAUACUGUCGGCGAUCCACAUUUCACUGAUCCAACACAACACAAAACAACAAGGCCACUGUCGAAAUCUUUCAGGCAUAACGAUCUUAAAAGCAGUAGGUCCAUCAGGAGAAAGCGUUCUGAUCGUAGGGUGUAUGGCAACGAAAUGAGACCUAUCGACUGUCGAAAUAAUCUGAAAGAAGAUGAAUCGAACAGACUGUUUUCUUCAGAGAAGCUGAACUGUGAUGCAGCAUUGGGGAAAAGAGGAUCGCUCCAAGAGAAGGAGAACAUGAAGAUGCAGCUGCCAUUACAGGUGCAGCGCUUGAGGGGCAGUGUUGUUUCGCCACUCAAGGAUUGCAACCGCACGCCGACCAUCAAGCGCGCCCUCACCAUUGGGGCGUCACCACACCGGGUGAGGCAGGCGGCCAGUGACUACAAGAUGCACUCGCGGUCGACCCCGGUCAAGGCACUCACCAUGGGAGCGAUGCCUCGCAGGUCUCCACGGCUCAUUCAAAAGUCAAAAACUACUAAUCUAAAUAAAUAA